AUGCAGAGUUAUAUAGUGUAUAUGAGGAGCCCUUCAAGUGGUGAUGCCCCCAAGUCAAUGCUUCACAUGAGCAUGCUCCAACAAGCCCUUGGCAGUGAUGGAGCAGCAAAUGCUCUUGUACACAGCUACAAGAGGUGUAUCAACGGGUUCGUUGCGACGCUCAAGGAAGAAGAUGUUCAGAAAGUUGCUGCAAUGGAAGGAGUGGUUGCCGUGUUCCCAAAUGGAAAGAAACAUCUGCACACUACAAGAUCAUGGGACUUCAUAGGAUUUCCAGAAAAAGUGGAAAGAUCAAGAACAGAAAGUGAUAUAAUAAUAGGAAUACUUGACUCUGGAAUCUGGCCUGACUCCCCCAGCUUCAAUGACUCUGGACUUGGUCCCCCACCCUCCAAAUGGAAGGGAUCCUGCUAUAAUAUCACUUGCAACAAUAAAAUCAUUGGAGCAAAAUAUUUCCGAAGUGACAGAACAUUUGGUGAAAAUGAUAUCAUAUCGCCAAUAGAUUCUAAAGGCCAUGGAACACACACUGCGUCAACAGCUGCUGGUGGGUUAGUGAGCUCAGCAAGCUUUUAUGGUCUGGGAUUCGGAACAGCAAGAGGAGGUGUGCCAUCAGCAAGAAUAGCAGCGUACAAGGUUUGUUGGUCCGAUGGAUGUCAAGACGCAGACAUUCUUGCAGCUUUUGAUGAAGCAAUCUCUGAUGGGGUCGACAUAAUCUCUGUCUCACUUGGAGGUCAAUCAAUUCAACAUUAUUUCAGUGAUUCAAUUGCCAUUGGAGCUUUUCAUGCUAUGAAAAAUGGGAUCUUGACCUCCACUUCUGCCGGCAACGAUGGUCCCAAACUUACGACCACCAUUAGUGUGGCUCCUUGGACUCUUUCUGUGGCUGCCACUACCAUGGAUAGAAAGUUCCUCACCAAAAUUCAGUUUGGGGAUGAUACGGUUUUUGAGGGAAGUUCAAUAAAUACCUUUGACUUGAAUAACACUAAGUAUCCUCUGGUCUAUGGUGGGGAUGUACCAAACACCCUUAAAGGCUAUAAUAGCUCUAUAUCCAGGCUUUGCUUAGAAGACUCAAUGGACCAGAAUUUAGUGAAAGGGAAAAUAGUUGUUUGUGAUGGCCAUUAUGGACCUAAAAAAAUUGGACUUGCAUCUGGUUCUACUGGAGUCAUAAUAAAUUUUCAAGGAGAACUUCCUGAUAUUAGUUUUGCUUUUGCCUUGCCAGCAUCCAUCGUCAAUCCAGUGAAUAGUGACAUCUUACGCCACAUGAGAAUCGGCCACAACAUAACUGCAACCAUAUUGAAGAGCAGCCAGGCCAACAAUACUUUAGCUCCUGUUGUAGCCUCCUUUUCUUCAAGGGGUCCCAACCUAGUUACACUUGACAUUCUCAAACCGGAUAUAGCAGCACCGGGAUCAAAUAUUUUGGCUGCGUGGUCUCCAAGUUCGCCUCCUUCUGGAGUAAAAGGAGACAUAAGACAAGUAGAUUAUUCUAUCGCUUCAGGGACAUCAAUGGCAUGCCCUCAUGUUACUGCGGUAGCUGCUUACAUCAAAUCCUUCCACCCUUCUUGGUCUCCUGCAGCAGUCAAGUCUGCAAUUAUGACCACAGCUACACCAUUGGAGUCUCUAAAGAAUGAUGCUGAGUUUGCAUAUGGAUCUGGCCAUAUAAAUCCAACCAAGGCACUAAAUCCUGGUUUGGUAUACGAUGCUAAUGAAACCGACUACAUCAACUUCCUAUGUGGACAAGGUUACAAUGACACAUUGCUUCAAGUUGUAACCGGAGAAAGCAAAACUUGUUCUGGAGUCACCCAUGGCAGUGUGUGGGAUUUAAACUACCCUUCUUUUGCCGUCUCCACUACUUCUACUGAAUUCGAUACCCGAGUUUUCACAAGGACUGUCACCAAUGUUGGGUCACCAACUUCCACAUACGAAGCCACUGUGAGUGCUCCAGAAGGAAUCGACAUACAAGUGAACCCUCCAAGGUUGUCGUUCAGUUCCUUGGGACAGAAGCUGUCGUUUACUGUUAGUGUCAGUGGAUUUGUAACUUCCUUAGCUUCUGCUUCUUUGGUCUGGAAUGAUGGCACCUACCAAGUGAGAAGCCCUAUUGCAAGUUAUCUAGUAUAUGUCAGGAGUCCUCCAAUUCGUGAUGCCCCCAAGUCAAUGCUUCACAUGAGGAUCCUCCAACAAGCCCUUGGCAGUGAUGGAACAGCAAAUGCUCUUGUACACAGCUACAAGAGGUCUAUCAAAGGGUUCGUUGCGGCGCUCAAGAAAGAAGAUGUUCAAAAAGUUUGCUGUCAAUUUUCUGAGUUGUUAGCAAUGGAAGGAGUGAUUGCUAUAUUCCCAAAUGGAAAGAAGCAUCUACACGCUACAAGAUCAUGGGACUUCAUAGGAUUUCCAGAAAAAGUGGAAAGAUCAAGCACUGAGAGCGAUAUAAUAACAGGAGUAAUUGACUCUGGAAUCUGGCCUGACUACCCAAGCUUUAAUGACUCUGGAUUUGGUCCUCCACCCCCUAAAUGGAAGGGAUCCUGCUAUAAUAUCACUUGCAACAAUAAGAUCACUGGGGCAAAAUAUUUCCGAAGUGACAAAAAAUUUGGUAAAAAUGAUAUAAUGUCUCCAAUAGAUUCUAGAGGCCAUGGAACACACACUGCAUCAACAGCUGCUGGUGGAGCUGUGAGCUCAGCAAGCUUCUAUGGUCUGGGCUUAGGAACAGCAAGAGAAGGUGUGCCAUCAGCAAGAAUAGCAGUGUACAAGGUUUGUUGGUCCGAUGGAUGUCGAGAUGCAGACAUUCUUGCAGCUUUCGAUGAAGCAAUCGCUGAUGGGGUUGACAUAAUCUCUGCCUCACUUGGAAGUAAAUUAGCUUGUCAUUAUUUCAAUGAUGUUGUUGCGAUUGGAGCUUUUCACGCGAUGAACAACGGUGGCCCCAAACUUACGACCAUGCGUAAUGUGGCUCCUUGGUCUCUUUGUGUGGCUGCCAUUACCAUUGAUAGAAAGUUCCUCACCAAGAUUAAAUUUGGGGAUGAUAUUGUUCUUGAGGGAACUUCAUUAAAUACCUUUGACUUGAAUAAUAUUCAGUAUGCUGUAGUCUAUGGUGGGCAUGUGCCUAACACCCUUAAAGGGUAUAAUAGCUCUAUAUCUAGGCUUUGCUUAGGAGACUCAAUGGACCAGAAUUUAGUGAAGGGAAAAAUAGUUGUUUGUGAUGGCUAUUAUUUACCCGAAAAAAUUGGACUUGCGUCUGGUUCUGCUGGAGUCUUAAUAAAUUUUAAAGGAGAACUUCCUGAUAUUACUUUUGCUUUUGCCUUGCCAGCAUCUAUCAUUAAUCUAGUGAAUGGUGAUAUCUUACGCCUCAUGCCCGAGAUGAAGUAA